AUGAGCUGUCAUAGAGUUAAGCGCAGAUUAUUGUAGAAGCGAGUGCAGAAUACACAUAAUUUGAAACUCUUUUCUUCGAUCUUCUCUUCUCUUCUUCGCUCGAACUUUGUCUCUACGCGCUUCAAUCCACGAGAAUAAUCUCUUCGCGCUUCAACUACAAGAAUCUUCACCUUUUCCGUUUUUGCGUUUGCUGUAGUUGAAUCCCAAUCAUCUUCCUACAUACGGAUUACAUAUUUCUAAGGGUAGAAGAAAAAAGAAAGCAUGAGUGGGAAUGAGCCAACUCGAGUGAUGAUUGGGGUGAAUCAAUCCAACAUCAAAGGCUAUCCCCAUGUCUCUAUCAGCUCUCAACGUGCUUUUGAAUGGACUCUCCAAAAGAUUGUUCGAGACAACAUCACUGGCUUCAAGCUUCUUUUUCUCCAUGUACAAGUCCCUGAUGAAGAUGGUUUUGAUGACAUAGAUAGCAUAUAUGCCUCUCCUGAUGAUUUUAAAAGCAUGAACAACAGAGAACGGAAGAGAGGACUUCAUCUGUUGGAGUAUUUUGUCCGUAGAUGUCAUGAAGUAGGGAUUGCGUGUGAAGCCUGGAUACGAAAGGGUGAUCCCCAAGAGACUAUCUGCCAUGAAGUUAAGCAGGUUCGACCUGAUUUUUUAGUAGUUGGAUGCAGGGGACUUGGACCCUUUCAAAGGGUGUUCGUGGGUACUGUGAGUGAAUUUUGUGUCAAGCAUGCUGAAUGCCCUGUCAUUACUAUCAAACGGCUUGCAGAAGAGACUCCUCGAGAUCCUGUAGACGAUUAAUUUGUAUGCAAUGGAUGGGCAAUAUUAGUUUGUAAAUAAUCCUGAAUUUCAAGACGGUGAAAAUUGUGCAGAUUUUCUGUUGGAUUAAAAUGUUGAAUCUAAUAUUGGUUUGUCGAGGACAAGGUCGUUUGGACUUUUGGUUGUCAAUGAAAUGAAUAUUAUGCAUUGUUGUAAAUUGUUCUCUCUUGAACUUUUGCUAAAAAACCUUUCAUGUUAUGUUCGUCUUUCAA